AUGAAUAAAAAGUAUGAACCAAUAUUAGAUAAUGAAUUGUUAUCAUCAAAUAAUGAGAAUGAAAAUUUUGUAAACAGCAAAAAAAAGGAUAAUGAAAAUGACAAGAUUCAAGACACUAGUUUAAAUAAUAUAUAUGGAAAGAUAGUAAAAAUAAGAAAGGAGUUAGAAAAAUCAUAUAAUUUAUUUUAUUCGUAUAAUUUAAUUGUAUCAAAUAAUAAAGAACAUGAUCCUAAUUCUCCAUAUAAUAAUGUGUAUGCAAGAAGUGAUAUUAUAAAUAUAAAUAAUAAUACCAAAAAUAAUUUGACAUUAAAUAAAAUAAAUGCCUUAACAAAUUCAUUUUAUAUGAAUGUUCAGACUUUAAAAAAUACUUAUUCAUUUAUUAAUACAAAUAAUGUAAACAAUAAAAUUAUAAAUAAUGAUAAUAUCAUAUGGGAAAGAAGAAUAGAAACAUUGUCAAAUGAAGCAAAUUCUUAUAUAAAAACUUUAGACAAUAUUUAUAAAACUAAUUUAAAACAAUCUGAAAUGAAAAAUAAUAAAAAGUCUAACUAUACAAAAAGUAAUAAAAGACAUGAUGGUGAUGAUGCUAUAAAUUAUUUACAUAAAGAAAAUGAAAUUUUAAAACAGGUAGAAGAUCAUUUAAAUAUAUUUCAUGUUCAAGGAAUGAACACUUUAAAUAUGUUAAGAAAACAAAAUAAAUUUUUAAAAAACGUUCGUAAAAAAGUAAUAGAUAUGUAUAAUUAUGUAGGUUUGUCAUCAUCCUUAGUAGAUACCAUAAAAAAAGCUCAUAAACAAAAUUUAAUUAUUGUCAUUGUAGGAAUAAUAUUAAGUUUGAUAUUUUUUUAUGUCAUAUAUUCUUACUUUAAGAGAUGA